GAAAAAGAAAAGAGACUCUCCUGAUUGUCAACCCUCAAUCAACAACCGCGUACAAAUUCACAAACCACAUAUUUCAAGAUUUCAUGAUUCUUCAGGAAUUGGAAUUGGGAUGCAUAAAUAUCCCACUAAUCAUUUCAUUGAUUUCCAACGGACAUUUUGGCAACAAGAGGACUCUAAAGAGAACUUAAUAGACGAGGAAUGAAGAACAGAUGCAUAGAUGUCUAGAGUUUACGACAACUGGGAAAGGCUGGUCAGAGCCACUCUGCGCAGAGAGGAGCUGAAGCUCAGCGGUCAAAGGACCCCAAGUGAACUUUCCUUGGCAUCAUUAUCAGCAUCUUCCUCCUUUAGCUUCACUGCUUCCUCUGCCCGAAUUUCAUCUUUCAACUUCUCCAGCUUCUUAGCGGGUGAAUCGUUUUCCUAUCAUCAAAUUCUCCUCGCUACCGAUUAUUUUAAUGAAUCCUCCAAUCUCAUCAAGCAUGGCCAUUCCGGGGAUCUCUUUUAUGGAACUUUACAAGGCGGGACUCCAGUUGUUGUGAAGAAAAUUGAUCUUUCCUUGGUGAAGAAUGAAUCCUAUUUCGUAGAGCAACUGGAAAUUUUCGGCAAGCUUUCGCAUUCCAGAUUGGUACCGUUGUUGGGGCACUGUUUGGAUCAGGGGGAUGACAAGUUCCUGGUUUACAAGUACAUGUCUAACAGGGACUUGUCCACUUCGUUAAUUUUGGAACUUGAUUCGGAAGAUGAUGACCUGCUAUUACCGACAUUAGAUUGGAAAACCAGGCUGAAGAUUGCAACUGGAGUUGCAGAGGCUCUGUUUUAUCUGCAUCAUCAAUGCAUUCCACCUCUUGUUCACAGGGAUAUUCAAGCUAGCAGCAUACUUCUUGACGAUAACUUUGAGAUUUGUCUAGGAAGCCUGACUGAGGUUUGUACAGCUCAAGUAAAAGACGGUAAUCAAAACAGAAUUGCCAGGUUCCUGCGGCUGCCAAAGGGAGCUGCACAAGGAACUUCUGGUACAUCCAAGGCAACAAUUGCCUAUGAUAUUUACUGCUUUGGAAAGGUUUUGCUUGAGCUUAUAACCGGCAAGCCAAGUCUUAGUGUUUUGCUUGAGCGAGUAACAAGCAAGCUGGAUCUUACUGCUGCCAGUGGUUACCCGGUAAGGCCAGAAACCGUCCCUGUAACGGUUGGAGCUGACCAUCAUAGUGUCCCAGGAAAAAGUGAUCCUCCUGACGAGGAAGAUUGGAUGGCAGAUGUUCUGCCUUACUUAACUAUGUAUGAUGACAGGAAAUUUGUUCUCAAGAUUGUAGACAAUUCUUUAAACAUAGAUCAUGAGGAUCUUUUGAUGGAAGUAUGGGCAGUGGCUAUGGUUGCCAAGGCCUGCCUCAACCCCAAGCCUUCAAGGCGGCCCCGGAUGACACAGGUACUUGAAGCUUUGAGAAACCCUUUGAAAGUGGCAACUGAAGAAGGCAGGCUGUGGGGUUGGCUCUCUACUUCUAAUGGCACUAAUCCUUCCAGCUCGGUUCUCCCACCACCAGUGAAGAAAAACGAACCUCCAGCUGCAUUGCGAUCUGCGGAAUUGGAACUAGAAUUCUACUGAAUUGUACGACUUCUUAGGAUUGAAAAUCAAAUAGCUUGAAUUCCAUCAUUUGGGCGAUAAGAAGAAAUGUUUGAGAUUGAAAUACUACAAAAUAGUGGUUGAUGAGCAGUAUACACAAAUUUACGAGUUUUUACCCGCAUAAA